AAUAAAAAACUUGUAAGCGAGUUAAAGGUAAAAUUAAGCAGACUCACAUAUGUAUUUUCAACUACUGGUAUAUAUAAACAGUUCCUUCAAAUUACAUUUAUUCAUUAUUUCCCCAUUAUUUCAUCACCAUUCAACAAUCCAUCGACCGACACCUUCUUCCUCCAGGACAGAGAAAGAGGGAUAUCAGAUUCACCCAAUUGCUUCUCUCAGGUUUUGAUUUCAAAUCAUACAAGAAGGAAAGCAAUUUAGUGAUUCAAGAUGAAGGCUUUGAUUCUUGUUGGAGGUUUUGGAACCAGGCUGAGGCCAUUGACACUCAGUGUCCCUAAGCCUCUUGUCGAUUUCGCUAACAAGCCAAUGAUCAUGCAUCAGAUUGAAGCUCUGAAGGCUGUUGGAGUUACUGAAGUGGUUUUGGCUAUCAAUUACCAACCUGAGGUGAUGUUAAACUUCUUGAAAGACUUUGAGGCUAAGCUUGGGAUCACAAUUACCUGCUCCCAAGAGACUGAGCCUCUGGGUACUGCUGGUCCUUUGGCUUUGGCUAGGGACAAACUGGUUGAUGAAUCAGGUGAGCCAUUUUUUGUUCUUAACAGCGAUGUUAUAAGUGAAUACCCGUUAAAAGCAAUGAUUGAGUUCCACAAAAGUCAUGGAGGAGAGGCUUCGAUUAUGGUAACAAAGGUUAAUGAACCAUCAAAGUAUGGGGUUGUAGUAAUGGAGGAAUCCACUGGGAAGGUAGAGAAGUUUGUUGAAAAACCCAAAAUAUUUGUAGGUAACAAGAUUAAUGCUGGAAUCUACCUAUUGAACCCAUCCGUCCUUGACAAGAUUGAACUAAGACCCACUUCAAUUGAAAAAGAGGUCUUCCCCAAAAUUGCAUCUGAGAAUAAGCUCUUUGCUAUGGUUCUACCUGGCUUUUGGAUGGACAUUGGACAACCAAGAGAUUAUAUUACUGGCUUGAGGCUCUACCUUGGCUCGCUGAGAAAGAAUUCAUCACCGAAACUUGCCAGUGGCUCUCAUAUUGUUGGCAAUGUCUUGGUUGAUGAGAGCGCGAAAAUUGGAGAGGGAUGUCUCAUUGGGCCAGAUGUAGCAAUUGGACCUGGCUGUGUGAUAGAAUCGGGUGUGAGACUUUCUCGCUGCACAAUUAUGCGAGGGGUUCGAGUCAAAAAACAUGCUUGCAUCUCCAGCAGCAUCAUCGGAUGGCACUCAACAAUUGGGCAGUGGGCUCGAGUAGAGAAUAUGACAGUUCUUGGAGAAGAUGUUCAUGUCUGUGAUGAGAUUUACAGCAAUGGCGGAGUUGUUUUGCCCCACAAGGAGAUCAAAACUAGCAUUUUGAAGCCGGAGAUAGUAAUGUGAAUGUGAUUCAGAUAGCUCUCCGACAAGGUAGAUUAUUCUCAGGAAGUUGUAAUUUAAUUCUAUUCAUAUGUUCUCUGUUGCAUAAUUGCAUUUUGUUAAGAGUGAGUCUUGGCAAAUUUUCCGAUGAGCAUCCCUAUGUGAAGUGUGUAUGUUAAUUGUUAAUCAUUUAUCUCACUAGCCCUGUGCCCUUUGCUCCCAAGUUGUGUACAUAGGAAAAUAAUUGUAUUUCUUUGGAUCUUUCUGUGGUUCAUCUCAUUGAUUUUUUUGUUGUAAUCUUUCAAUAAUACAUUCUUGAUUUCAAGCACUUAGAACAUGUUCAAUAUAAGGAUCUGUCCUACUUUUUUGUGUCUA